UUAGUUUUAGUAAUUCGGCUUCCAUUCCAUGACCAAACAGUCAAACACCCCAAAAUAAAUAUAAAAUUAAAUAAAUCCCCAAAAAAGUACUAAAACAAACAAAACAAUAAUUAUUGAAAGCAAAAGUCCUAAAAUUUCUUCUUUCUAAUCAGAUAAAACAUCUCUCCCCACGGUCGUUUUGUUUUCUCCGUCCCUUGAUUCGUCGCUGCGAUGGGCAGCACGGAAGAAGAUACCACCACUUCCAAAUCCACAUCUCUAUACGACGCCGCUUCCUCCACCGAACCUCUCCUCUUCAAACCCACCACCAGCUCUGCCUACCCAUCUCCUCCAAUCGAAGAACCACCUCAAUCCGACCCCUCCGAAUCCGACCCAACUCAGUCCCUCCAGAUCUCUUUCAAUUACGGGCCCAGACCUUUCAAAGACCUCCCUUUCCUCAUCCUCUUCCUUCUCUUCGUCCUCUGCACUUUCGCUUUCGGUAUUUUCUCAAUCUUCCAUCGAAACGACAACUACUCCAACGUUUCGGCCUUCACUUACGAUUCCAAUUCCACUUCUUGCGUUCAAGCCACUUCCUUUUUAUCAAGUCAAAUAUGGGUCUCUGAAACUUCAUUUUUUGCGUUGUCAAGUUCCAGUCUUUGGACGUAUUUAGUAUGGACCCUUGUGAUAACUUCAGUUUUAAGUGUACCCAUAUGUUUACUUUUGCUUUUAUUACUCAAACACUACACGAAGCAGAUCGUUUAUGUCUUGCUUCCUUUCUUUAUAAUCAUGCCGGUUUUCUUUGAUGUUUAUUGGUUCGUUGCUUGUACCUUGAGCUCUUCUUGUAGUGAUGCUUUCCCUUUGGUCUAUAGAAUUUUGGUGCUUGUUUUCAUUUUGUUAAUAGUUGGGGUUAUUAUUUGGAUCAUUGUGGCUAAUUGGCAUCGGAUCGAGUUGACUGUGAGGAUUAUCGGGGUUGCUUCCGAUGCGCUUUCGAGGAAUUUAGGGUUGUUUUUGGUGAUACCGUUGUUGACCGUUGGAUUGGUGGCUUAUUAUGCGUCAAUUGUUGUGUUCUUGGUGUUUUCUAGGUUUAAUGGGAAAAUUGUGGCUAAAGAAUCGAAUGGAGAGUAUACUUGUGUUUGGAAACAAGAUAGCUGGGUGCCUGCUUAUUUUGCAUUGGCUAUUUUGACAAUGUUGUGGUCCUUGACCGGUAUGGUGGAAGCUCAGGUAUAUGUUACCAGUGGCACCAUUGCUCAGUGGUACUUCUCCAAAGAUGAUACGAAACCUCACCGGAGCAUAAGAAGAUCUUUGAGAAAUGCAUUUGGUCCUUCUUCUGGCACCAUCUGUCUAUCUGGAUUACUUGUCUUUGUUGUUCGAGUGGUGCGUGCUGCUGUUGAUAGUGCAAGAGAAGAAGAUGUUCCUGGGAUAGUGAAUCUUGUUCUCCGGUGUUGUGUUAAUGCCCUACUGUCUGCGAUAGACUUUCUUAACAAGUUCACUAUCAACUUUGCGGCAAUAACUGGCGAGGCAUAUUGCACCUCUGCGAGGAUGACAUACGAGCUUCUAAGACGUAACUUACUCUCUGCUGUUUUUGUGGAGACCGUAUCAACUCGUUUAUUAGCAGGAGUUAUUUUUGUCCUUUCAGCAGUUUAUGCAAUUGCAGUCUGUGCGAUCUUAAAGGGUGUUAGUGAUCUAGGGGUUAACAUGUACACCGUCGCGGCUCUUGCGUGGGUGCUGCUAAUCCUGGUACUGGGAUUCUUCGUCCAUGUGUUGGACAAUGUGAUUGACACUGUUUACAUCUGCUACGCAAUUGAUAGAGAUAGAGGGGAAGUGUACAAGCAUGAGGUUCAUGAUGUUUACGUUCAGUUACCAAUCAGUAGGAACAGUCGAUCAUCCUACCCAUCUAGAACACUUGAUGUAUAGACAUGUCCUUGUAUGUUUGUAACUUCAAAAUAAUGUGUUGUUGAUUUGUCAUUUGGUUUUGGUGUCUGUAUGGGGUUGUUAACGGCCUAUUGGCAAAUUUGUGCAUACCAUCAUCACAUUCAAAUUGUUGCAUUGUACACUUAUUUUUAGGCUUGUUCAAUAAAGAUCUAACUGUUUUAAUGUUUUUCA